UGACGUGUGUUUAAGUAGGUGUAUGUGAAUUUAGCGACGAAAAAAAAGAGGUGUUGUUAAGUUAGAAAGCUAAAAACUUAAACUACUCUAUUACAGUAGUUGGCACGUAAACAGGCAUCAGUAGGGCUCUGAAAGUCUUUAUUUUUUAUCUUCUUUUUUAUUUGUUUAGGCGCUUAUAUCAGUGAGUGAACCUUGUCUUAUCGUCAGCGACCUUAGACCCACUUGACGGUCUCCGGUAUGUUCCCGUUAGACGCACCGUGGAACAUCUCGUUUGCAGGUUGCGGCUUCCUGGGCAUCUACCACAUCGGUGUGGCCAGCUGUCUGCUGGAGCAGGCGCCCUUCCUGGUGCUCAACGCCAGACAUGUGUACGGGGCAUCCGCCGGAGCUCUCACUGCCUCGGCUCUGGUGACUGGAGUGUGUCUCGGUGAGACUGGUGCAAAUGUCAUCGAUGUUGCCAAAGAGGCAAGGAAGCGAUUCCUGGGACCCAUGCAUCCCUCCUUUAACCUGAUGAAGAUUGUGCGUACCAUGUUGAUGCGCACUCUGCCAGCUGACUCCCACGAGCGGGCCAACGGACGGUUAGGAAUCUCUCUGACAAGAGUGACAGAUGGAGAAAAUGUCCUGGUGUCUCAGUUUAACAACAAGGAGGAGCUAGUGCAGGCGUGUCUAUGCAGUGCCUACAUCCCAGUGUAUUGUGGCCUUAUUCCUCCUACCCUGCAAGGAGUGCGAUAUGUUGAUGGAGGGAUCUCAGACAACCUGCCUCAGUACGAGCUGAAAAAUACCAUCACCGUGUCUCCAUUCUCCGGAGAGAGCGACAUCUGCCCCCGCGACACUUCGACCAACAUACACGAGCUGCGCUUCACCAACACGAGCAUUCAGUUCACUCUCACCAACCUCUACAGAGUCUCCAGGGCACUUUUUCCUCCAGACCCAUUGGUUAUGAAGUCCAUGUGUAAGCAGGGAUAUAAAGACGCUCUGCGCUUUUUGAAGAAAAAUGGGUUGCUUAAUUUCGACGGACCUGGCAGAGACAGACCGCUGCUGGCUAAUGGAGCAGAAAAUGUGGAUUUUGACGAGGACGAUGAUAACAAAAAUGAUGAAGAGGAGGAAAAGCUAAGAGUGGAAGAGGAAGCGUUGAUGGUUCAGUCCUGUGCCACAAUAGAAGAACACAUCAUCGAACACCUUCCACCCACCCUGAACAAAGCUCUAGUUGAGGCCUGCACGGAGAGGAGGAGCCUGGCGCAGUCGCUUAGCAACCUGCUUCCUGUCAGGAUGGCCUCAGCCAUGAUGAUCCCCUACACGUUCCCUCUGGAGUCUGCUAUGUCCUUGACUGUCAGACUUUUGGAGUGGUUGCCAGACGUGCAGGAAGAUGUGGGGUGGAUGCGAGAGCAGGCUUUGAAAGUUGCACAGCAUGUUGUACGACAGACCUCCAAAAGCAUCUCCCAGCAAGUGUCUGCCAGGUUUUCCUGUCAGCUGGAGCUGCACCACAGCCAGUCCCUCCCUUCCCAGCUCAGCUCCACAAAACUGUUUCCCUCCUGGAUGAACGGAGGAAGCUCUUCAGUCCUGGAUGUCUUCAUGCGUCUUGACCAGUAUAAGAGGCAACUGCUGUGCAUCAACAUGGACCUGCAAGGAUCCUUCAAAACUGGACUGUCACAAGACAAGAGGCUUCCCUCGAUCCCCGACGAUGAAGGCCUCAUAAUGCACAAUAUUCCACCUGCUGCCGACUCUGGAGACACCAUCAGCAGCCUAUGAGGGCUGCUGUCAGGUUUCUAUUGCAGCACUGAGGGUCGGAGGUUCUUCAUGUAAAUUCAGGAGCAUUUUUAAAUAAUUCAAAUCAGUUUUUAAUAUUUGUUUACACCCUGACAUCUAGAUAUUUUUAAGAUGUCAGGAAGAUAUUUGUUUCCUAAUCAGGCCAUAGUGUUUGUAAACGUUAAUAAUUCACCAUAUUUACACUUAUUGUGUAUUCAAUGUUUUUGCCUAAUUCAUGACAUUAAAAUAAGUCUUAAGUUACAGUAUAAUCAGGCAAACCUAUAGACACAGUAUAUCUGUAGGUCUACAGAAAAAAGACUUCAACUCAGCGCAUGCACCCAAACAGUCAUGUACAAACUUGAAUUACAAGAUGUUACAAACAAAAAUGCGCACUUGAAGCGGCAUGGUUUAAAUAGACGAGUGUUUAUGUUUUUUGUGGAAUGUAGUCAGACCAGUAGUUAAGCAGAGUGUUCCUGCUGCGUCCAGUAAUGAGCUCCGUAAGUCACUUCUGCUACACAGGUAGUGAAGGACUGGAGACGGGAAAACAGUAGAUCCACCACUCUGCCUUACGCAGGUAGUUACUCCAUUUAUUUGAUGCAAGUGUCAAUGCAGUAUUAUGAAAAAAAAAACACUGUCUUUAUGUUUAUAGAAUGUGAAUGUCUUAUGUCUUUACAAUUAUUUAUAUGAAGAAUACAAAACUGCUUUGCUCUGUUUUACCAAUCACAUAAACUUGUUUCUAUCAUGUUGAUUUAUUUACAAUGAAUUUUAAAUCUACUAGGAUUUAUUUUCAGUUUAAAACUUUGUUGACUAGUGAUUAAAAUCUAUAUAUUACACAUUUGAAAUGUUUAAGCAUAUACAGUAAAUCAAAAAAAAUAGAUUUGUGGUUAGAAAAUCGCUAUAAUCUGAAACGCACUUUCUCAUUCUGUGUCAUUGUAUGAUAUUUUCUUUAGUUGGUAAUCUAUGUUUUAAAAGAUUGUUAUUUUCUCUUGUACCGUGUACUACAAGAAGUUCUAACUGUAUGAUUGAGCCCAAAGUUGUGCCUUAAACUACAAUUAAAUAAUUGCAAAGUUAAUUUAACGUAUUGUGUAAAUGUUGCAGGGAAUAAUAUUUAUGUGAUCAUGAAAUAAAGUGAUCUUG